AUGCCUGUGGACUACUCCAAGUGGGAUGCUCUGGAGUUGUCGGACGACUCUGACAUCGAAGUCCACCCCAACGUAGAUAAGCGGUCGUUCAUUCGGGCUAAGCAAAAUCAAAUACACCAGCAGCGAUAUGAGCGGAAGCAAGAGAUCGAGACUCUCAAGUACGAGCGAAUAAUUAACGAUGGCCUUCUCGAGCGCAUCAACGGCCUGCUGGACGCACUGAAGAAGCACGAAUCUGAUACGACGAAGACGGAUCCGGAUCAACUGGUCUUUCAAGCCCUGAUAGAAAGUGCCGGAGAUCCUGCCAAAGAUGAUCCACCGAAACCGCCACCAGGUGUUCAUGCCCACCAGAAAGAGCCCCAGCCGAAAUACUCUAAGAUGAUGGGCAGUCUGGUUGAUCAAGUCAAGAAGGAGGUGGACGAGAAGAAAUCUCCAGAGCGGUACAAGGACUAUGUCGAUGGCGUGUAUGGCCACUUGACAAAGGUGCAGAAUCUGCAGCAGCAGUUGCUCAGAAAGCUGGCCGAACUGGAGAAGGAAGAGAAGGCCAAGAUCACGAGCGAGUCGAUUCAUGACGGAUUCAACAGCUCGCACGUUUCAAAAAACAGUCCCUCAACUUCCACAUCAAGUCAGUCCAAACCGAAGACCAGUAAAACCACAACCGAGCUGCUCAACAAGCCUUCCUCUGCCGCUGCCUCAGGGCUGAGCACUUCACACCGCGACGCGAUUCAGAGGGAAGACAGCGCUAUCUCGUCGGGCGCGGAAGCUGACGUUGAAGACGACAGUCUUAUUGGAGAGCACGAAGGAGGGGAUGAUGAGGAAGAUCCAGCCUCAAUCAAGCUCACCCCAGAAGGGAAACAGUUCGCCAAAAUCAAGCUGAACGACUACCGCACACUUUUACAAUUCAUAUCACAGCACCCGGACGUUGUUGCCGAGUCGACACAAGAUGCUCUCUUGGUGGAAGCCUUUAAUGCCCAGAUGAAAGGAAAAGACACGUACGCCCGAACCUGCGUGCACCACGGCUUGCUACUGCAGUAUUGCCGACAGCUUGGCAAAGAUGGCGUGGCGCUGUUCUUCAAGCGCAUCACAACCAAAGGCCAUCAAGCCCAAGACGUCUUCAACAAGGACGUUGCCGAGACGUACGCACGCAUAAAAUCGCGCGCCGCCGAGCUGGUCAAGGAAGAAGCCGUAGGCGAUAACGGAGAGGGUGUCGAGCAGAUCCAGCUGCACGCUGUGGAGCCCGGCACCGAGAUUCACAUCAACAUCCCACAACCCAACAGCGAAGAGGAGGUCGAGAUCGAGGCGCGCAAAAUCUUCGAGUCUUUCCCGCCGGGCCUGCAGCGAGCCCUGGAGUCCGGCAGCCUCGACAAGGUCAACGAGGUGCUGGGCAAGAUGAGCGUGGAGGAGGGCGAGGACGUGGUCGAAAAACUCAGCAACGGCGGCAUGCUCAGCCUUCAGGAGGGCGUCAUCGACGCAACGAAUGAGGAGGGCCAAGCCAAGCUGAAACAACUAGAAGAAGAGGAGCGGAGAAGGAAGGCGCAGGGUGAAGGUGAGCCGGGCGAGGCCAUUGUGGUGGAGGAGGUUGACAAACCCAAAGGCAAGGAGCCGGAAGCUGUGCGAAAUAUUGUGGACGAAGUUGAUUGA